UUUGCUUUGGCGCGGCUCUACUUAACCUCUUGGCGUGAAGAGACCUGAGCCAGUCGCUUGGAGACACUCGAGCACGGUGCAACUCUGUUGAAAAUUGCUGUGAUUGUUGUGUGUUGAAAGCCUACAAUUGCCACUUGCCUAUUUAAUGGACUGUUUUGCGUGCACAUAAUCAAUAUAAGAGAUAAAGAGUUUUUUUGGGAAGUUUUCCUCACUCGCGAAACACCACAGAAUCAAGUGCAAUCGGCUGAUCUUAGCGCAAAAAUCUGUAGGAAAUAAUUUAAUUUGGCAAAGUGUCCCAGUGAUCGUGAUUUUGAGGCAUUCAGUGAUCGCAUUCGUUGACACUAAAUACAUCACUUUCAAGUUCAAGUGCACAGAAAUAGAUCACCAAAAGUUGCGGUUUAAUCUAUUUUAGUUCGGCAUUUUCCUUUUUUUACCAAAAACUUCACUAAAACGAGAGACAAAGGCAGAAAUCCUCCAUCGCGCAUUCAGGAAUAACGUGACAAUUACCUGCCGAUCACGUGCCAUUUAUGUAGCAGCAGGCCUUCAGCUGGUUGAUCCCGCGAAGAAUUAUCAUAUUUGCAAACACUUGAGCUAUAAUGGGUAGUAAGACACGCUCAAAUAACGCCAAUCACGGACACAGCAACUCUGGCUUCGUCCCAGACGAUGGCUCGGCCAGAGAGAAGUCAGCUUUUGUCAUUGAGCUGGUGGAGAAGAGGCCGUCGAGUGCUGGCGGAAAGGACAUCCAAGACUACGAUCCAUACCAACAUCGUGAGGUUUCCCAUCCCACCACGAACAAUGAGACCCUCAUUCACCUGCUCAAGGGAUCGUUGGGCACGGGCAUCCUUGCCAUGCCGAUGGCCUUCUACCACGCAGGCUACAUCGUCGGCAGCGUCGGGACGAUCUUCAUCGGGCUGCUGUGCACCUACUGCAUCCACAUGCUGAUCAAAGUGGAGUACGAGAUGUGCAAGAGGAAGAAGGUUCCCAGCUUGAAUUAUCCGGCUGUGGCCGAAGCCGCUCUCUCCGAUGGUCCCGGAUGGUGUCGCGUCGUGGCACCGCACAUUGUACACGUGAUCAAUACAUUUCUGCUCAUCUACCAACUGGGCACAUGUUGCGUGUACGUGGUGUUUGUGUCGUCAAACAUCAAGUCCAUUGUCGAUUACUACACGGAAGAGCCAACAGACGUGAGGCUAUUCAUGCUGAUCAUCCUCCUGCCACUGAUUCUCAUCAAUUGGGUGAGAAACCUUAAAUACCUGGCGCCCUUCUCCACCAUUGCCAACUUCAUCACACUCAUCUCCUUUGGCAUUAUUCUCUACUACAUCUUCAGAGAGCCUAUCUCGUUUGAAGGACUCGUGCCAGUUGGGAAACUCAGAGAUUUCCCACUCUUCUUCGGGACAGUCCUCUUUGCGCUAGAAGCAAUCGGAGUGAUUUUGCCACUGGAGAAUGAAAUGAAAACUCCAAAGGCCUUCGGAGGCCCAAUUGGUGUCCUCAACAAGGCCAUGAUCCUCAUUGUGACACUCUACGUGGGCAUGGGCCUCUUUGGCUACGUCAACUACGGAUCAGACGUUCUUGGCUCCAUCACACUCAAUCUGCCCUCGAGUGAAAUUCUGGCUCAGAGUGUAAAAGGAAUGCUGGCCUUUGCCAUCUACAUCACUCACGGCCUGGCCUGCUAUGUGGCCAUUGAUAUCACCUGGAAUGACUACAUCUUCAAGAGAUUCUCCGAGAGUCCUCGGAAGAUCUUCUGGGAGUAUGUGACUCGGACAAUGCUCGUGCUAGUUACUUUCCUCUUGGCUGUUGCCAUUCCCAAUCUCGAGCUGUUCAUCUCCUUGUUCGGCGCCCUGUGCCUGUCGGCGCUCGGCCUGGCAUUCCCGGCCUGGAUGCAGACGGCGUGCUACUGGAACGAGCGAAAGGGCGCACAGAAGGUCAUGAUGGUCCUGAAGAAUGUCGUGAUCGCCCUUAUUGGCGUCGUGGGUCUGGUUGUUGGCACUUACACGAGUAUUUCUGACAUCAUUGCGACAUUCUUCGAAGAGGGCGGCGAGGGUCACCACUAGAAGCCCACCAGAGACGCGAGGAUUCAUACUCAAGAGAUCAUAUCCGUUCGCUCUUUUACAGAAGGAUGGCUAGUAUUAUUUGCACAUUCCAUUACCGUAUUUCUGUUGAAUGCUAAAACAAACUUCUCUAUAGAGCUCCUUUUUGUACGACAUGAUUCUAAAGAUAAAAGAAAAAGAAAAAUUUCUCAUUUCCGACAAAAUGAGAAAUUAUCACUAUUCACAUCAUUGUGAUAUGAUUUUUAUAAAUAAUCGCUGAAAAGAUUACGCAUGUUCCUCACGAGAACAUUUUCUACUUUAGUAUUUCUAAUAAUUAUUACAACUAACUGUAGAUUGACUUUAAAGUAGUGUAAAGUGAAUUAAUUUACCGAAGAAAAUGCGAUAUAUUGAAGGAUAAAAAAAAACAGCUGUAGAAUAAAAUCUCCAAAAUAGGACUAAAAAAAAACACUCUUGAUUCACAUUUUAGCUUUAAUUAUCUCGUAAGUUUGUCGACAGAUGAAUGGAGAUUUCUCUCGCGAAGGGAAUUCACAUGACAAAGUAAUGAUUUUAUGCUGUAAUGAUCAGAACAUGCCGAAGAUCAUCGAUGUUUGGGAGAGAAAUGCAUGAAAUUGCUGUGACACUGUUUCAAGUGUCAAAUAGAAUUUGCACUUUAUUUAAAUUGUCCUCCUCUUUCGAAACUCUCUUCCAUGAGGAACAAAUUGUAAUAUAAAUAUAUAUAUAUUGUUUAAUCGAUUGUGAAAUUUGAGAAAUAUUCAGUGAAAGAAUAAAGAAUUAUUUUA